UGCUGGUCGUCUCGGAUCUAGGGCGUCGAUCGACACAACUUCAGCGGUACGGCGGCUGGUCUGCGGUUCUAUACGUAUUAAAAUCACCCAGGAUUACAAGUCGCUGGGACGAUUUAUCAUGAGCUUUUCUGGGCCGUGACUUUUCCCCUACCUUUCUGGAUUUUGCUUUGCAUCGGGACUUUGGGGUUUAACGGCACACUCUCAAAUACACAAUGCUUCUCUCAUCCCAGAGGGACCCUUCGACCACGGCCUAUCGCCGGCCUUCCGCAACGCCUGCCCCUGUGGGGUUAUCCCAGUCUUCUGCAGGGCAGACGCUUGGAAUCCCGCCAUUCUUAGAGACCCCUCCCCCUUCCCCGGGCCUUCCUCGUAUGAUUCCUCGGCCCAGGAAACAUUUUCUCCCCCGAUGGUUUCGAAAGCUACUCCGUCUGCUCAUAUGGUUCCUGAUCGGAAGCACAUUCGUGGGUCUCGUUCGUCAACUGCUGUCAGGAAAAAGGGGGAAUACAUUUUUGGGUUUCAAUUCAUCUCCACCUCAGUCUCCAAAGGAAUACGAGCUUGUUGAGGACAAUAGCCUGGCGAAGAUACCAGCCCCGGUACUGGUCGUAGAUAAGGAAGGCUCUCCCAAAUGGACGAUUUCUGUACCACCAUUCCGGACGUUCCCUCUGCGGCCUGAAGAAUAUGAGAAUAUUUGCUUGGAAUCAACACACAUUGCGGCUCAUGUGGCUGGCCUCAGGACCCGCUCCAUCCUUGGUCGGCCAGGCCAUCGUCCCGGCUACUAUGACGUCGAUCCAGACUUUGUGGACGUUGCGGAAGCAAGAGAAGCCGGCCUACUGCCGUGGGAAGGCAACGCAGACUUGAUGCGGAAUUGGGAUGGCAAUUCGGGUGGCGAGAGUCAAUUGAAAGGUCCUCCUCUGAGCUGGGAUCGGAAGGGUGGAGCCCAAUUUUGCCAGAAGAGUCUGACAUUCGUCCUCGAGUCGUCAGAUGCAGGAUUAGGGACUACGUUGAUGGCUCUUUGGAUGGCAUACGGUUUAGCUCAAGAGGAAAAUCGUGCCUUUUUCGUUGAAGAGAGCAACUGGGCUUUCGGCAGGUAUACGGAUUUCUUUGCUGAUCCGCCAUCUCAAGCGUGCCAGCUACCUCCGGACGAAGAGAGAGUUCCCUGUCCCCAUUAUGCACGCCAUCUUGUUGUAUCUGCAGCAACGAUGAGGUGGGCUUUCGGAGACACUUUUCUUGAGCAUUUCGAAAUAUCCGGACACAGUGGCGUAGAUCGCCAGACGCGCAUAUUUGAGCUUGCACGCAAAGGCUAUGACGCUCUAUUUCAUCUUGCGAGCGACGAUGCCCCAUACUUACCCCAGCGCGUGGGUGAGAUUAGACGCCGCUCUGAAGAGGAUGGAAAGCUUGCGGUCGGGUUGCACAUUCGACGAGGUGACCGACAUCCGCGAGAAUUUCAGUACGAGAAGUCGUACCUUCCGCUUGAUCGUUUUACAGAAGUGGCACAACAAAUCGCCAAGAGAUUUGGCAAGGAUGAGUCCUUGACGAGCAAGGAGGGGUCAACGAUUUACCUGGCCUCGGAUGAUCCAGACGUAUAUUCUGCGCCAGAGUUUGUUCAAACCGAGCGUGCGCAAGACCGAAUCCUACUUGCGUCCAAAUCUACGCUCGAAGCAGCCGGGAAAGGCUCAUCGACCAAAAAGAACAAGUUUAUUGAUGAGAACAUUGGCUGGGAGGGCGGUUUCUACCGUGAUUUAUUUUGGUCUCUUGGCCAGUCCUCUUCCCACCACAGCCCCCACAGUCCCAGCGGAAUAGAUUCUCAUACGCCACCGCCUGUGCCGGAGCUCGCACUGCGCCUUCGUGGUCUUGUUGCACGUACAUAUCUGCUUGAUUUAGCGGUUCUGGGACAAAUGGACGCGGUUGUCUGCACCGCUAGCUCCGUUGCAUGCAGGCUUCUUGCAGUCAUGAUGGGAUGGGAUGCGGCCAUUACGCAGGGUCGCUGGCAAAAUAUUGAUGGUGAUUGGCAUUGGAAAGCGCUCGACUGGUAGAAUGCCUCUCUACUUGGCUAUUAGGGUGGUGAUCCCCACUAAGAAGGAAAUGGAGACUUUACUCCGAUUUUGAAGGGGACAAAAUAUUAUAAUUCUUUUUGAAUGCUAUAUAUAUAUGCAAGAAAAUGGUCUCUUGGCUUUGCGGCGUUCACUGGUGGUUCAUCUACGACACUC